AUGGCGAAGGGAAGACGGCUACACAGUUCGCUUUGUCGUCGCGCCGCCGAUGAAGCGGGAUUAUAUGGUGGGACGGGGACAAGUUUGGAGACGAAGGGAAUAUGGCGAGUGGCAGUGAGGUUACUUACGGUGGAAAGUUGGCGAGAAGGUGGGAUGACGACGGUGACUCAGCAAGCUACUGUACUCUUCGACGAGAAGACGAUGGCAAGUUUGGAGACGAGGGCGAUGAUGGAAACGAUUUUAGGGUUGGGAGGAGAGUUUUUUGAAAUUGAUAAUUAG